AAAUAAUUUGAGCAAGGCAAGACAGGAUGAGGGAAUAUAAGCUUGUAGUUCUCGGAUCUGGUGGUGUCGGAAAAUCUGCGUUGACGGUGCAGUUUGUACAGGGUAUUUUCGUAGAGAAGUACGAUCCAACAAUUGAAGAUUCCUACAGAAAGCAAGUUGAGAUUGACAAUCAGCAGUGUAUGUUGGAAAUCCUUGACACCGCCGGCACGGAACAAUUCACCGCAAUGAGGGAUCUCUACAUGAAGAACGGACAAGGUUUCAUAUUGGUUUACUCCAUCACGUCGCAGUCUACUUUCAAUGACUUACAAGAUCUCAGAGAACAGAUUCUCAGAGUCAAGGACAGAGAUGAUGUCCCUAUGUGCCUUGUGGGAAACAAGUGCGAUUUGGAAGAUGAACGAGUCGUAGGGAAGGACCAGGGAAACCAACUCAGUAAGGAAUUCAACAAUUGCACUUUCAUGGAGACGUCUGCCAAGCAGAAAAUAAACGUUAACGAGAUUUUCAUAGACUUAGUUCGUCAAAUAAAUAGCAAGACCCCGGGAGUCGGCAAGGGGAACGACAGUAGCGGCUCUUGCUGCGUCCUACUAUAAGAGUAUUCAAUAUUUUCUGCGAUUUGGUGCAUCAAAUAAACAGCAAAAAUCCUGGGAUAGGCGAACGAAGAAAGAAGAAAAUUUGUGUGUUAUUAUAGACUAGAAAUGAGGCGCUAUUAGUUUUAAAGAGAGAACACCACUGACAGUUUAUCAUAUUCUUUAGUGAAAAUUACACUUGCACUGUAGUUAAUUGUUGGUUAAAAAGCUAAAAUGGCGAGUGAUUUCAUAGCACGUGGUGUAUGACGUCACAACACGUAAUCAGGUGUUCCGUGAAAUAACGUAUAAAUUCUAAGAUUAGAAUUAAUACCACGUAGUACUGUCCUCUAUAUGUAUUAAUAUUCCUUAUUUCUCUUUAGUUGUGAUUUGUUGCGGUGUAAUGUGUUUUAGUACUUUAUCAUUAAUUCAUUUUGGAUAUAUCCUUUUUUCGGGCUUUACACAUUUUACAACUUCACGUCAACUUUACUUCAUGUUUAGUGUAUUCAAUUUUCGUGUUUUUCACCUAUCGACUCAUCCCACGCCUUGAUAGAGCUGGAGCUAGUCGUUCCGAUCUUUAAUGAGAUGUUUUUAUGCUUCUGUUUAUUUGCAUGUAAAUAGUAUGAUAGUAAAAUAUGAGAUGAAUAAUGAAUAAUUUGUACGAACACAUUGUAGUGUCACACUAAAAACGUAGGAUCCACAUCUUGUUUUAGCUUCACAAAACCUUGUGCUCGACGCGCGCACUUCAUAAGAAGAGCAUGUGCCGCACGUGUGUCAAGCACAAGGAUUCGUGAAUGUUCUAGAUAACAAAUAUUCCCCAAUCGUGUUUGAAACCUUGUUACAAAAUUUUACCGUAUUAAAAGGUUUGUAAUGAUUAUAACAUAUGAUUGUAAUAUUAACUAGUAGGGUAGCUCACUAAGAUCUCACUACUUUUCACGAUCUCGACUGAUCUCAUAACCGGAGCCGACUGGAAAUCUCGUGGAUACUAUCUCAGGACUGAUGUUAAAGCUAUGAAUUAUUAGGAUAUGAAAUGUUAAUGUUUUCCGAGAGCGAAUUUUGAUGAUAUUUUGUCAAUUGAACUCUAGUCUGCUCCCUUGGCAUUACCCUUUAAAUCAUGUGUUUAUUGAUUUUUCGGUAUAUUAAUAAUCUUAGCAGUUAAGAUUACUCUUUCAA